AUGAAGCGAUUUGCAGAAGAAGAGAUCGAGCUCGAUCGAGCUGAGGAUCGAGCUGAGGCUCAAGCUGAAGAUGGAGUGCAGGAAAGCGCUGAUUUGGGUGAGCCUGAGUGCUAUUACUUUGAGGAGUAUGAGGCUCCAAGGAUGAACCCCUCUGUUGUGGCUGCCACAAGAGGAUUGGACUUCUCCAAAAGUUCAACAAAUGGCAAGGGAAAGCCAUGGAAAGAUGCAAAAGUCCAUGGACAAGAUGGUGAGCAAGAUCAAGAGUUUGGAGAAGAAGUUUCUGGUUCUUCAAGCAAGAAGAAGAAGUCCAAGGCUCCCACUUUCCCUAGGAGUAGGUCACUCCUCACCACUCCAAAGGAGGCUCCCUGCCCAAGAGCCUCACAGAGCCUCUUCUUUCGAGCCAAGGGAAGGAGAAGACAACACGCAGAGAAGGAGGAAGACUUCCAAGGCCAGACGCUCCAGCUCGACCACCGGACUCGAUCGAGUCCAAACAGAGGAAACUCAACUCGAUCGAGCUGA